CUUAGUUAACUUAUAGUGCAUCUCAUUAGAGGAGGCUUUUCCAGGUAAAUCAAUCAAUUGGUCUGGAACCUAAACAAAGGCUUGUUACACGCAUGCAUCGAACACUUUGCAAGCAUAAUAACAGCCUAGUUCUAUUCACGCCAUUGUUGAACACGGUUACGCAUGAUCUGUGGUUGUUUUGCUGGAAGGAUGCGCUCGUGAGAACAGCUGCUAAAAAGCAAACCAUGAACAAACACAUCAGACCGCUUUUGGAAUGGCAACAGUGCUAGCGUCCAGGUGCCCGUGGUUUUGCAAAGAUGAGCGGUGGUUAUGAUCUUGAGCAGUUUGUGGAGGUGCCAGACCAAGAUCUUGUCUGCAGCAUCUGCCAUGGGGUUUUGAGAUGCCCGGUCAGGGUGGCAUGCAACCAUAUUUUCUGUAAGACGUGCAUUUUGCAAUGGCUGAAGAGGCAGGAAACGUGUCCCUGCUGCAGAAAGGUAGUGCACCGGGAGUUGAUGUUUGUGGUGUACAAACUCAGCAAAUCCAUCAGCCGUUUAAAGAUAAAGUGUAGGAAUGAAAUACAUGGCUGCUGUGCCACCUUCCCCCUCUCGGAUCAGUACGGUCACUCCACAGCAUGUGACUUCAAGGUGACCAGCUGUCCUAAUGAAGACUGCAAGGUGGAGGUCCUGAGGAAGGAGCUGGCGAGGCACCUGCAGAGCUGCGAGUUCUGGAAGGAGCCGUGCAGGAUGGGCUGCGGGGCCGUGCUGACGCAUCAGACCCACGCGCAGCACAACUGCUACAGGGAGCUGAAGAGGGAGUUUGAGGCUCAGCAGAGUACCCACAAGGCCAUUGCUACAAAACUAAAGAAGAAGCUGUCCAAGAUGCAGAGCACCAUGUUGCAGAUGAGGAGGCAGGUCGGUCUGAUCUGUGACAGUCUGGAGGUAAUGGAUGAUGAAGAGGACGAGGAGGAAGGUGAUCAUGCUGCCAGCAGCAGCGCAGAGUCCUCUGCCAAUGUCUGAGUGACCCUCAAAAAGAACCCGCUUCUUUCUGUGUCCCUGGAAUUGUAGGGUUCUAAUGAAUUUGCAGUCCAUUAGCUUGCAUUAAAAUAGCUCCAUAAUCAAAACAUUAGUCUUCCUUUUAUAAACAGUGACACAAAAAAAUCUAAUGAAAGCCAAUCAAAGGGUUUGGUAGGAAUCAGCAAAUAUGAAAUAUGUUUGUUCAUAGAGCUUAUUGAGGAGUGUAACCAGUACUAGAAUCAACCCCAAAGUUGGAAAGUGAUUUUUUUUUUUUUUUUUUUGUUGGAGAUUAUGCAUUAACUAUGUAUUGCAAUGCUAUUGUACAUAUUUAUUUUUGAAACUAUCAAAAGGUGUACACAUUUUCUUUCAUAAUAUUGUCACACAGGUUUAUUAAUGUUCCAUAACUUUUGAAUAUUUCACUACACUUCCUUCAGGCAGGUUUUAUUCAAAAUAAAAUUGUUUGGAUAUUGGUAUGCUAUACGCAGAAGUUUCAUGUGAAAGUAGAAUGCACAUCUGUUCACAAAUGUAAUUUAAUGUGUUCUGCCUGUAGAAGGAUUGUGACUGCAACACCUGAAUAAUACGCUACAUGUGCAAAGCAAAACCCUCAGCUCUCUAGCCCCUUGGAAAACAGUCAGGA